GUGUAAACAAUUUCUCUUGGCUAAGGCUCCCUAGCUCCCAGUAUUUCUCAAGUUUAUCCCAAUCUCAAGGGUCUUUUCUCUCAAGGGAAAAGAGUCUCCGACUUUUCUGUUCGGAUAAAGUGAAGAGAACUCUUAUCACAAUUCACUAUUCUGAGUUCCCAUUGGACAAAAUGUCAUUACCAGUCAUGUCUGUCUGGAAGGAUACCUCUGUUACCAUGGAGGAAGCCCAUGUUCUGUCAAAGUGAGUGUAUUUCAAUGUAUGAGUCAAUUACAAAAACGUGAUCAUUUCGGUAUAUAAAAAGGAAAUAAACAACCUUUACUUUCUUCGACAUCAUGUUCAACGCCCGAUAUGUUUGUAGUCUCAUUCUGACUAUAAAAAAUACAAUUUGUUGCGGGAUUUAAACUCGCUGUACUGAUGACAUUCUACCGGCAAAAGAGAAAUAAAGGGAGACUUAAACACACUAUUACAAGGUUUAUAGUUUUAUUAAUCGCGAAAAAGUAAGUUUUUCACUAACAUAGUUAUCUUAAACCCCCCCCCCCCCCCCACAUUCUUUUAUAAACUAUUGAAAGUAGCCUUGGGCUACGUGUGACAAAACGGGAUUUUAAUAUUUACAGCGUAAUUACACAUUUCAGAAUUACUUACAACACCAAAGACGACAUUGGGAUGAUUUUCAUACCUUUCAAAAACGAAUUACUAGAAACUCUUGCGAUUUUCGACUCGGCUCCUUUUCAUUUAGAGAGACGAAUUUCGCAGCUUUUCACGCCAUUGUUCUGUAAAUUAUUUCGCCUUUUAGUAAAAAUUUCCGCAGAACCCUGAAGAAACCUUCCCUCUUUUGAAUAGAUCGAUUUGUACACUUGAAAACAGCGCAAAUAUAUGACAUUUUAACAGGUGCACGGCACUUGUACGAAAUGUAGAACAACCAUCUUUGCGUGUCUGUUUUGACCACCACUUCAACUUUGGCAUAUCUAAUGUGGCGGAUGUGACGUCAUUUGCAACCCAAGAAUACUGUCUAGCUUGCGCGCGCGUACACUUUAUAUAUUCGGCGAUGCUUCGAAGCUCGCGCUAGAAACAAAAAGGAUCAUGGGAAUUUAUUGAUGGAUUAUUCCAAACAGCCUCUGGUGGUAUUUUAUAAUAUGUGACGUCACAUAAGAAACUACUCAGUUUCGUUUUGUAUGGGUGUGGUAAUUAAUAAUAUGUUAUUAAUUAGGGGAAACGUAUUUUUCAACUUUGGUGAAAGCUCGAAGAGAGCUCGAGGAUGAUUACGUACUGUCUGAUGUCAUAAUCAGCAUUCCCCCAAACUGAUCUAAACGUUCAUGAAAGCGAAACGAUAAACAAGUAUUCAUGGAGCGUACCAAGUUUUCAAAAUGAUAGAGUUUUUUAAGGACCACCCCGUUCUCACCGGGCUAGCAGUCUGCACAGCAGGAGCCGCAGCGUUCUGCUAUUGCAGAAGUAAAUCGAGUGUCGAGAGUGAUGGUCAAGGAAAAGAGACCAAAGAAGAAGUACCCGUCGCGGUACAAGACGCUGUCGAAGAUGUCUCCGCGUGUUUUCCAGCCGACCUUUUGCAAGCGGAGAAGUCUUCACAAUGUCGAGAAUUGCUUGUUUAUCAAGCCCGUUCUUGGGAGCUUUUGCUGCCCAGCUACAAGCAAGUGUUCCCGGAGCUCCACCCCCGGAACCUGCUUAAGAUCUUCAUCAAGCCACGACUGCUGAUGCCAAUUGUAGUCUUUCCCGUGGCUGCUCCAAGGCAAGCAAUCGUUGUCUUUGAGUGUCCCGCUCCCACCGUCGUGCUGGGGGAUAUCCUGUACCUGAUGUCAGCGGUUACCUUCGCCGCUCUUAUAUGCUUUGUUAUCAACUUCGUCAUGAAGAUGCAUAUCCAGUCGAAGGUCAAAUCCCUUCAGGGACGCCCUCUUGCCAGCAUCACCGAGGUGCACCAGAUCCAAGAGGAGACUGGUGCUUGUCCAUCUAUUGUGUCGACAGACCGCCAAGAGAGUGAUGCUCUCGUAACCACCGAGGUGAACGUCCAGCCGUCCUCAUCCGUAAAGUCGAUUGUGACUGCAUCCUCUACAGGACUCAAGGAGCUCCGCCCUUUUGACCUGCGUGCAUCAUGGGACACACAAAGCCUCGAGAGCCUAGCAGCUUGUGCAUCGCGCCAGGGGCGUCAGGUCACACUCCAUCCGCAUCUCAACAAAAAGUGGGAAAAUGGAAAUGGAACACCAUUUUUCUUAGAAAUUGUGUCACUAAAUACUUUGUGCCUCUUACAUCGACUGUUUUGUGUAGGGGAGUAUGGGGUGUUUCAGGAGCUCAUUGGAAAGUGAGAAUUAAUGAAGGCUAAGUAUGUUUCUUUUUUCAAUUUUCAUUAGCAGCAUAUACAACCAUAUUAAACAAUACAUGUUAUCUAUAUACCAUAAGUUACUCAUGUAUAACAAGAACUUUUUCACGCGAAAACAACCUAAAAAAUUGUGGUGUGUAUUAUACAUGAAACUUUUUGUUUGAGAGGUAAAAAACAUGCAUAAUAUAAUUAAAACAAUAGAAAGCUCUAGGGAAUUAACGCCCACAAAUAAGUUAGUCAAGUUAUUUAAACUCCACGGGGCAUUGUUUUGACAUAUACCAAAUCUAAAUCAAUGAAAAUGUCUGGAAUGUGCCGUGAAGGACAUAGGCAAGAAAGAAGUCUACUUGUUAUCAGGGAGCAUAUUAUAAAUAAGUGCAUAUAAUACAGGAGUAAAUACAGUACAUAUGAGAUUUUAUACAUUAUAUCAAGACAGAGAAGCUUUUCAUUUACAUCUAAAAACCACAAUUAUUUCUAUAAGAUGUAUGUACACUGUAAAGGUAUAAAUACUGCUUAUAAAGGUGGGACUGUAAAAAGUGUCUGCUCAACAGAGGUAUAUAAAUGACUAUAUAUUGCUAUAUAAAUGACUGGCAAAAAAUCAGGGUUUUAGACUUUCAGUCUGGCGGUUCCAUUAUACCUGUUUGUCUUCCACAAGUUUGGAAAGCAAGUAAACAAGAGGGUCUAGCUCACGGACACUGCAACAACAAAUAACAGACAUGUAUAGGAUCUUCCUUAUUCAUUUGUCUAAUUAAAUGACAUGUUAGCAAAAGCAAAGUAAACACAAAUCCUCACUUUUUAGAUUUAAGCUCGUCAUAUUUCUUGAGAAAUUCUCUUGGUGUAGUUGAACACUCAGCAAUCUUGCGCUUUGCUGUAUGAGCCGACACCUACAGUUAACAAAAAGACAAUUGGGUACAGUAGACACUUUAUAACAAACUUUAUCCCUGCGGUUGACAAAUAAACAAAGGGUAAACUGAACUAGAGAAACACUAGUUGGCAUGUCCCACAAUAUAUAUCCAGUGAAAUUGUAACAUACAUAUUUUAUCUAUUUAGUACAAAUAAAUACUACUGUAAUAA